CUAGUUUCCUUCACUUGCGUACGAUUCCUUCUGGCUGCAACCAGGGAGACUGAGUUACAGCUACUUCCAGUGAGAUACCUCUCACGACAGUUUGGUUGCGGAGGCAGACUCAUACUACUAAUACACCUCACUGGCUCAGAUCUAGCCAUCGAUAUCGGCACGACAGUAUAGAGCUCUCGGUUGCAACAUAUUAGCAUACCUCCGUGUUCAAACGUUCAAGCGUUCAAACGUUCAACGUUCAACCUCCGUGUCACCGCACUUCCGCGAGGCGCUGGCAUAGUUCUAGUGGCUGCUAUCACGACUACAGCUGCGCACAAGACUCGAAGAUAUGUCACGCAUCGAGUUGCCAAUCGAAAUCCAAGAGCAAGUCCUCGAUCACCUACACGAUGACCCGCUCACUCUGAGAGCCUGCAGCCUGACGUGCCUCGCCUGGGUACCGACGACGAGACUUCAUUCAUUCAGACUCGUCCGGCUGCGUGGCAAGAGACACUGCCUGCGUUUCCUCCGCGUUAUCGAGUCCACUAGUACUCCGGAGGCAUACGGUCAUCAUGAUGUGGGAGUAGGCGUGCUCGUCCGGGAGCUGCACCUGUCGACCAUGGGUCUUCGCCAGGUGGGUGUGAAGGAAGGGCUACGAUUUGACUUGCUACGCCAAAUCCUGCGUCAUCUACCAAACGUCGAGCUCCUCGGCAUGCAAUCCUUCGAUCUCUUCAGUUGUGCGAAGCUGCUCACUCCAGAGGCCCGGGACACCGGCAUCGAACUGCGGGACACGAUCGCCUCCAUCUUUCCCUUUCCUCGGUUGACCAUUUGACUUCUGUGGAGCAUGGCCGCUGGCUUCCCCUCACAAGCAUUGCACCUGAUCUCCGCAUUCCCGGCCUUGGCUACUCUGGA